AUGCACACUAAUUGUGAUCUGUUACUGCCCUUCCAUAUACAUAUAUGGCUUGUGAAUGUGUUGAACACGAACGAUCAUCCGCAACAGGCGCGCAAAAGUAAAUCCAGCAUACCAAUCGCGAGCGAAAGUGCCGAGGUUAUCAAUCUGCGCAAUACACUGAAGAAGAGUAGGAGUUUGUUGGAUACAUCCAACAACAGCGACGCUUCGCGCGGGCUUUUGGCGCCCUCCCGGUCUAUUAUGGGCACCUACCGCAAAAACCGCAAGAAAGCGCCGUCUUGGAGUCCGGGCAAGGCCGAGGGCGGGAAACCACCGAAAGUCAUGUCCGAUUGCAAUGCAUUCUCAGAAUUUCAGGACGAAUAUCCCGAUAGUGCCACCAAAAGUUGGCGUGGGCGGAUGAGUCGAUUGACUCUGAAGAAGGGCAAGUCCAGUCCCCAAUUGCGGGACGAUGCGAUGAAGCAACAGACGGCUGCUCUCUCGUCUCAACAACACCGCCACACAUACUCCAUCAUGGGAUGGGUACGCGGGCACAACAAGGAUCCUCUACCACAGACGGAGUCGGACAAUGAAUCUGCCCUGCCUCAAUCCACAACAAAUGGGACCGGUCCCAUGAUAGGAUAUCCGUUGGAUAAAUACUUUGCCGAACUGUUUCAACAAGACUUGGCUGAGCCCGAACCUUUAUUCGCAGUAGGAUCAGCUACGGUAAUCUCUGAAACCCCCAGUGUUGAAAUGCCAGGCCAGGGUACCGACGAACUGCAGAGGCAACGCAUUCUACAGCUGGCCACGUCCGCAUUUGGAUGCGAAAAUUGGGAAUCGUUUGAGACGCUCUUCGACGAAACGUUCCUAAAACUGAAAUUAGAAUUGGAUAAGGAUGAAGUGCUGUACCGAUAGCAGCAACGCUGGUUCUAGCCCCUCAUUGAUAGGGUUGCUACAGUUCAGGUUUAGGGCGUUAAACCCCUACAAAUUCCACUGUGAAGUCUAAGGUUGACUUGAAAGAGAAACUGCACCUGUGCAUGGGUGCAUGGUGGCAAUGCAAUGGUAAGGUUGUUUUAGGGCUGUAGCCAUGCUUUGCAUUAGCCAGAGGCUUGCGGGUGGGUCGCCCCCGAAAGCCCAAAGCCCCAUGGGUUCCAGACACGAAACUCUAAAAACCCUAGUAACCCUACAACCCAACUUUUGCUGGGUUGCAAUGGGUCGUAUUGUAGUUGGGUGCAGAAGACACCAUAAACACUAAACAGGACAGGUCUCGCGUGCCAGUGGCCGUUGCAAGGCCAAGCGGCCUACCGUGUGGCGCGGGCCAAUUGUCGUACGCAAUCGGACGGUUUGUCGUACAAACAGGCGGUUGUACGACCUCUGAUGGCACACGCCCCCUAUUGCAGUCAACUGCAACCUGCGUUCAUUGAAUCUCGUGGAAUACGUUUGCGGUGAUACUCUACAAGUAUACGGCACACACACUACACACACACUACACACACACACCAACGGUGUUCGGAGAGUGCACACAGCACCUCACCAGUCUACAGGCGUAAGGGGGUGUCUGCCUUGAACCAGAAGUGGCGUCUGUGGGAGACGGUCAUAUCGAGUCGAAGUCGGCGAAUCGCAACUCCAAGGAAGACUCUCACAACAGGUCGCAUUGGGUAAGGGGGAUUCCAGAAACCUUAAAACCCUACACGUCCUGUGGCCGGGAUGUGUGUAUGGGGGGUGGGGAUGGGAGGGAAAACUCCGCAUAUGACAUUCUCAUACGACAUACUCGUGCGACAAACGCAUACGACAUACGCAUACGGCAUACGCAAUGGCAUAAGUGUCGCAUUAUGUGCCAUUGAAUGGAUAACGGUGUAUCAACGCACCCCUUGUGUUGAAGGUCGCUUGCGUUGAAACCGGCUUCAUGACUGUUCCUCAGAGGCCCUGGAAGAGGUGUCGCACCGAAUAAAGCCUCUGGUGAGUGUUAUACGCAACACAACAGAAACACUAUACAGCGUACUGAACUACUUGGAGAAAUGAGAUGCGGAUACGAAUGCUUUCCCGUAGUUCCGAGCAAGUCUUCUGAGGCAUGGUCACUAUAUGUAAGUUUGCUAUACACCACAUGGAGACAUGUACAUCCCUUCCGAAAGCAAACACAAAGACGAGGGCGGUUGGCGUUGCGUUUGGAUUGUCCUGAAAGAAGGGCCGGUGACGUCAAGAUGGGGUGCAGCAGGAGAGGUGCACAUGAUAGAAGCACAUUGUACAGAAUGAUACAAGCAUAUGUGCAUGAAAAUCAACUCACGAUACAAUCAUAUGUGCAUGACAAUCAAGCCAUGAUACAAGCAUGUUGCAUGCACAUAUGUAGGUUGAUUAUAUGGUAUAAUCUGCAUAUAAAUUCAAGUAGCAUAGGCAUGACAUGCGUUGAGCACAUGGUCAUCGUAUGCACAUUCCACCCCAUGAGGUGCACACUCGACACCACAUCAUUUGAACACUAUAUAUCACAUUAUUUGGACACCAUAAAUUGUACCAUUUGAGUAUAGAUAUAAACAUAAAAGUCGCGACAAACA